GACCAAUAUUGAGUUUAACUUCUGUUGGAUCUUUCAACUCGAUCCGUCGACUGAUAAAAUCUGCCUUAUUCUCUCUAGCCCAGUCAAAUAAUCGUCUCACCACUUUUCUCCAACAAAAUGCGCUUCGCACUUGCUUGCCUGUUGGUCGUGGGAGCUGCCGCCGUCGCUUACGUCGAGGCCCAGGCUCCUGAAUCCUCUUUUACUCCGUCCGGAGAAUCCGCAACUGACGGGCGCUCCUUUUACACCGUGACUUUGACCUUCUCGACUUCGACGACUAUAACCACCACGACUAAGACAGCGACGUGCACCACUUCCACUGCUGGCCUUUCCGUCUGCACCGCUUCCGGCCGACGCCGUCGUGGUCUCCAUCUCAGCGGAAACAAAGAAGGUCGCGGGCUAUUCUACAAUGAGAAAGAAGAACACAGCGAAGAUGGCAGCAUCUUUUUGCCAUCAGCUGUCAAGCCAGCCGAGCCUGAGCCUGUCGUGAAUGCCGAUGCCGAAUCCAUCCGUGUCGAGCGUGCCCCAGAUGCUAUCCCUUACGUCAUCCAGCCCGGAUUUGACGCUCCUUCCAACAUUCAGGCCCGCGUUCUUUUGGCUUUCAGCACUAUCACAACGACUUCCACGUCGACUACCACGACCACCACAUCCCUGACGGCCAUCUGUCAGAGCACCACCGGAUUCCAAGUGUGCGGCUCCAACGGAAAAUAAAUCUAGGCCGCGCAUAUAGGUUCAUAACUUAUUGUCACAGUAUCUCCCUGCGUUGAGAUCCAACUUCUAUCGGCUUACUGCAAACCAGCUUCCCUCUAUUGUUAUUUUCGUGUGCUCAAUAAACGUCCAAAUCGUCGAAUGGCGAUCGGUGACAUUUUCCCCAUCACAGUUCAAAUGAAGUGGACAUCAUAGCUUUACUUCUAUUGAAAUAAAUGUCAUUAACACCCGCUUUACCCAAUUUUGUUGCUCUCGACAGUAUAUUUAUCCGCCUUGCUGAAUUCAAUCUAACUGGAAUAAAAUUAGUGCAUGAUGAAAA